AUGAGCGAGCACGACCAGCAGCCGUCGCAGGCCGGCCCAGUGCCGCGCAAGACCCAGCGGGCUCCAUCUUCAUGCACGGCCUGUACGGCGCGCAAGAUCAAGUGCGACAAGGUCUUCCCGUGCAAGCGCUGCAUCAGCAAGGGCAUCGGCGACGAGUGCAGGCGCGAGGUCGUGCAGGUCAAGGGGCGGCUCGUUGGCGCCGACACGAACGAGCUGCCGCGGCGCGAGUGGAGCCCGGCCGACUAUCAGCUCGAGAACCGCGCCCUGCGGCGCAUGAUCCGCAACCUGACGGGCAAGAUGCCGACCGAGGCGGACCUGCAGGCCGGCUUCGACGAGGACCCGCCAUCCUUGAUACCUGUCGUUCCCGCCACGCCCUCAAUCGGCACGUCGCAGCUCGAGGUCGACAGUACCAUCAUCGCGAGCGACCUCACGUCCAUCGGCAUCGAGCGCCCUCAAGACGGGCGACCGACAAAAAGGUCUCGACAAGCUUCACCCGACGUCUCGUACCUCGUGCCGACAUCGCGAGGCGUCAGCCGGUCAGCCCGCCUGCACUAUCUCCUGUCGCUCGUCCCGGUCGACCAGUCGCGCGCCCUCGUCGACCUUAGCCUGCGCCUGUGCGGCUGGAUCCACGGCGCCUUGCACCGCAUCCCGUACCUCGAGCAGCACGACCGGUGGCUCGCCGCAGUUCAGCGCGGCGAGUACGACGACGUCAGCCUCGAGUGGCUCAGCACCUACUUUGCCGUCAUUGCGACCGGCGCCUACUUCCUUGGCGACGCCUGGGACCGCCACCGCAUCUUUACUCCUCAACAACGCCUCGAGCUCCCUCGAGCAUGGUUCUCGGCCGCCCUCGAGGCGCUCUACCUGAGCGAGUUCAUGACGCGGCACACGUUCGAGUCGCUCCAGACCAUCUGCAUCCUCACGCUGUGCGCCAACAACUUUGGCGCGUCGUCGCACCUCGUCUCGCUCCUCCACAUGGGCCUGCACAUCGCCCAAGCCCGAGGUCUGCACGUGCUCGGCGCCGAGGACGAGGGCAAGAUACCGCCGCCGGGUCUGCGCAAAAGGGAGCUGGGGCGCACCGUCUGGGGCGCCCUCGAACUCGGCAUUGCACUCUCGCCGGCUCAGCAGCAACCUUACUCGCUCAUCCUGCCUCAAGGCUUCUCGGCGCCGCAAGCCAACCUCGACGAGGAGGACCUGCUCGAGGGCCAGCCUUUCAAGCCUCGACCGUUCCACUGCAUGACCUCGCAAUCGGUGCACAUCCUCGUCAACUACCUCGGUCGCCUCGUCCGCACGUUCAACCGCGAGUUUUGGUCCUCGCCCUCGCUCGACGCCCAGUGGAAGCUCGUGCAGGCGACCGACGGCGACUUUGUGCGCCUCAUCGACUCGUUCCCGCAUUUCAAGGCGACCCCCGAGCCGUACCCGCAGUACAUCGACCUCGACGACCAGCUCCCGUACCUCGACUGGGCGCGACACCACAUGGCCGUCGGCGUUCCGAGGAUCCGCAUGACGCUCCAUCGGUGCUUCCUGCGCAAGAGCUACACCGACUCGACCUACCUCAAGUCGCGGCAGAUCUGCCUCGAGAGCGCCCGAGCGAUUCUCGCCGAGCGUCAACGAGUCGUGCCCGCCCUGUUCGACCGAGCCUGGCACGUCACGAGUGACACGGUCUCGGCGGGCAUCAUCCUCGUCGCCAUCUACCGCGAGGAGAAGGACCUGCACGAGAAGCGGCAGCUUUACGCCGACGUCAAGGCGUGCAUCGCCGUCCUGGGCAAGGGCGGCUCGACCGACAACAACCUCGUCCAGAUCGGCGUCAACUUGCUCAACAGCUUCUUGCGCAACGCCGGCUCGCCUCCUCCUCUUCCACCGCGCCCUCAUCCGGCGGCGACACACUCGUCGGCGAGCACGAGCGCCAUGGACGGGCCCGAGCACUUGUCGCCGCACCCACCCUUCCACCCGUCCUUCGAGCCGCCGAUCCAGCGCCCGAUGCCCACCUUCGACCCUUCCUCCCCUGUCUUCCCUCCUCACGACCCCAGCUACGCCCACGACCCCUACCUCUCUCACAUCGACCCGCAACUGCGCGCCUCGACCUCGUACUCGCACUCGCACCACCACCCUCCUCCGCCUCCUCACGACUCGGCCGCCCUCCCCGACCUGUGGAACUCGCUCGACUUUUCGACCGAGCGCCGCCCCAGCUUCGACCCGUUUGGCGGCUGGGAGGGGUCGCUCCUCGCCGAGUGCGCCGGCGGCAGCAUCGGUGGCGGCGGCGGCGGCGGCGGCGUGACGUGGGCGUCGACGGCGCCGGGACCGAGUCCGAGCGGGUCGCAGGCUAUCUUUCCCCCUGGUGGGGCCGAGCACGUCGAGUACGACCCGUCGAGGCCCACUGCGCAGUGGUAG